AUGGCUGAGAACUUCGUGGAGUACUACUACCCCCUCUUUGACUCCAACCGGGCGGGUUUGUCAAGCCUAUACCGCGAUGAGUCUAUGCUCACUUUCGAGCGCGCCAAUGUCCAGGGUGUCGGUGCCAUCAUGGAGAAGCUCACGACCCUAGGCUUCAACCAGGUCCGCCACGAGGUUGCCACCAUUGAUUCUCAGCCCACUGCCAACGGCGGUGUCAUUGUCAUCGCUGUCGGUGCUCUUAUUACCGACGGUGAGGACCGGCCCCAGAACUUCGUCCAGACAUGGAACCUUGCCCCUGAGGGCAACGGUGGAUACUGGAUCGCCAAUGAUGUCUUCCGUCUCAUCUUCCCUGCCGUCUAA